AUGGCUAGUUCAUAUGCUGAAUCAGUUCUUAAAGAUCUUAAAUUAAAAGAUAAUAAUAAUAUUUGUUUUGAAUGUGGAGCAUUAAAUCCACAAUGGGUAUCUGUUUCAUAUGGUAUUUUUAUUUGUCUUCAAUGUUCUGGUAAACAUCGUGGAUUAGGUGUUCAUUUAUCAUUUGUUCGUUCAAUAACAAUGGAUAAAUGGAAAGAUAUUGAAUUAGAAAAAAUGAAAGUUGGUGGAAAUCGUCAAGCAAAAGAAUUUUUUUCAAAUCAAUUAAAUUAUAAUUUUAAUACAAUGAAUUUACAACAACGUUAUGAUUCACAUGCAGCUGCACUUUAUCGUGAUAAAAUUAAUACAGAAGCACAUGGUAAAAUUUGGUCAAUUAAUUCUUCAUCAGUAUUAAAUGAUACUGAUAAAUCAUCAUCUGAAAUAAAAAAUUCUUCAUCAGAUUGGACAGAAUUUAAAUCAUCAGAACAACAUGAUAAUGAACAAGAAUAUCCUUCUGAUCUUGACAGUAAUAAUCCAAAAUAUAGGGAUUUUGGAAAUACAAAUUCUACAGUAUCAUCUCAACAUCAAUCAACAAAUCCUAAUUUAUUAGUAUCAUCAAUUUCAAAUAUGAGUAUUAAUGCUGCUAAAUGGGCAAAUGUUACUAAAGAUUCUAUUUUAAAAUUUUCUAAAACAGCUACUGAAAAAGCAACUGAAUUAACAUCAAAAGUGACCGAACAAGUUAAAGAUCGAAGUUUACUUACAAAUGUUCAAUCAAGUGUAACAAAUCUAGCAUCAACAAUGAGUAGGUUAAGUACAAAAACAUGGUCUGAUAUGCAAUUAUUAUGGUCAGAAAAAGAUUAUCAUUCAACAAAUCAAAAUAAUUCAGAUAAUAAUGAUUGGUCAUCUUCUGAUCAACAAUCAUCAACAAUAACAUAUGAGAAUAAUUUUACUAAUCAAAAUAUUUCUAAUGAUUUAUCAAAUCACUCAAAUGAACAGUCCAAAUCAAAUAGUAAUCUUCCAGUAUAUAAUCAUGAUCAAAAUUUUCAAUCAUGGUUUAAUGAUGAAGUAAAGAUGAAAUCGACUAAUGUCAAUAUUCCAACUUCUCCUUCGAAAAAAAUUGAUUCUACAAAUAUAUCGGUUCCGGUGAAAACUAAAGAUAAACCGAUACCAAAUCUUAUUGAUUUUGAUGAUGACGAUGGAUGGAAAUCAAUCGAUAGAAACUAA